GUCCCGCCUGCCUGGGACCCCAUGGACAACGGGGCCCUUGAAAUCCCCACCGAGGAGCUGGACGCCAUGGCGACAGUGACGGAGCGCUUCGCCACCGCCGUGCAGGCGCGCGCCAUGGGCCAGCACCGCCGAGAGUUCGCUUCAUGGGCGCGCAAGAUGUGGAGGGAGAAGCCUGGCGUCCUCCACAAGUGUGCGCGCGACCCUGCGCCCUCGGCGCAGGAGCUGGCGGCGGACGGCGCGCCCGCGACGGUGCCGAGCCAGCAUGCCAAGCGUCGGGCCAGGGGGCCCCCGCUGCGCGGCAGCAUCGACCUGGCCGCUCGGGCCCAGGGCCCCAGGAGGGCGAGAGGCGCAGACGGCCUCGGCUCGGACGACCUGCAGAGGCUGCCGCCCGAGGGCCGCGAGGAGCUGCGGCCCCUGCUGGCGCGCCGCGAGGAGAAGUGCCGCUGGCCACGGCAGCUGCCGGGGGCCAUCGGCGGUGUCAUUCCCGAGAGAACAGCAGGCGAGCGCAGCAUCGGCCUCCUGCCGCUGGUGCCUGAGAUCUGGCCCCGCGCGCGCUCAUCUGUCACGUCGGCCCGGGCAGGGGAGCUCGGCGCUUUCUGGGGCACUGCAGUCCGCGGCCCCGGCGCGCCGCGAGCGGCGCCGGCGCGCGGCCUUCCCGGCGAGACGGGCAUCGAGGUGGAGGUGGCGACCGCCACCCUCCUGCUGGACGCGGAGACCUACCACGACACGGUGCCCCUGGUCAAGCCGAUGGCCCUCGCGGAGCCGCUGCUGCACCCUGCCGCGGCGGUGGUCCUUGAGGCUCAGCGAUCCCUGGCUCCGCGCUGUCUGAAGGGUGGCCACCGCGAGCACUCCGCGCAGGCGGAGGCGACCCGCCCCGUCGCGGCGGGCCUCAUCGACGACAUUGUCAUCCGCUGCGAGGGAUCGGCAAACUCCGCGGAGAUGGAGCUUCCCCGCACGGCCGAGGCGCCCCAGGAUGGCAUGGACGACCACGAGCUCAUCUGCUCGAACAAGACGGCGCCCGCGGCGUCCAACAGCGAGCUGAGAGCCAACCUGUCGAGCAGCCCCGCGGCCAUAAACACUCCACACUCGGCUGCGGACGCGGCGGUGGACCUCGGCAUCGACACUGCCUCGAGCCGUCGCAGGGCGCGCACCGAGGCGUCGGCCCACAUCGCUGCUGGAGCUCGACGUUGGAGGUCAACGGCACACUACCUGGACUGGCACGGCAGCUACGACGACGGGCAGGCGCGCCUGGCGUGGGGUCCUCGGGGCUCUACGGCGCGCUGGCGAGUGGCGCUGGAGGCGGGUCCGAAGACCAUGGGCGCGUUGCAAGCUACGCUGCUGGACAUGGGAUGGGACCCGCGCACUGCCUCCGCCUGGGCACGUUCGACUGCGGUGGGCGUGGACGAGUGGAGGCUGGCGGGCGCUGACGACGACAGCUUCCACGCAUGUGCCGACUUCGGCGGGGUGCAUCAGGACGUCGAGGAAGACCUCAGGCGCCAGCUGUGGCAGUCUGCGGCUCGCCACGCGGAGUGGGGCCUGACCCCCACUGUUGUAUUGGGCGGCCAGUGGACGGGAUCCCGCCGUGCUGCUGCGGGCUACGUGCUGGAGCAUGAGGGCUGCGCGCGGCGCGGCUGCGCUGAUGAGACCAUAGCACACAGGAUAUGCCAGCGUCCUGCGAAUGUGGGCGAGGAGCUCGAGUCCACAGCUGCCCUAGUGCCUCGGGCGGCGCCCGCUGGAUAUGAGGCAUCGCCCGCCAUUCGGUUGCGCGGGGCGCCUGCCUCAUGCUCGACCACUCCCUUUAUUUGUGACGAGAGGGCGGAGCAUGCUGCGGUGUCUUUCGGCUCGGACAGCACCCUGUGGUCGACGAGGCGUGACGACGGCUUCGUGGUGGUCUACGGUGACGGCUCUGGCGGGAAGUACUCUGACGACCCGAGGCGCAGGCGCUGCGCGACCAGCAUCGUGGCCAUGGGUCAGGACGAAGAUGAGCCGUGGGUCGAGCUGCGCUGGUUCCGUGCUGUAUCUGUUCCUGGCAGACGGCAAACGGUGCCGCGUGCGGAGAUCCUCGGUUUCCUGCUGGCGCUGGAGUCCGUCGGGGGGGACCUGACGUAC